AUGUGGCUGAAAGGCGAGAGCGUGCCCGUGGUAAAGACGCCCCUGCUGCCAAGUAACGAGGAAUUCUCCGCCGAGCAUCAUCGACGUCACGUGCUAUUCAGGGGAACGCAGGUGCUGCAGACACGCUACUACGGCAACAACCGGGUCACCGCUCUUGUAGUGCGAACGGGCUUCUCCACAGCCAAAGGGGCACUGGUGCGCUCCAUUCUGUUCGCCCAGCCAGCUCCAUUCCGAUUCUACAGGGAUGCUAUCCUGUUUGUGCUGCUGCUGUGUGCUGUCGCCAGUCUUGGCAUGGCAUAUACUCUUUACCUCUACGUCAUAAGACAGGUGAGCUUGCGAGAGACCGUACUUCGUGCCUUGGACAUCGUUACUAUCGCUGUUCCACCUGCGCUACCAGCCGCCAUGACAGUGGCGUCGGUGUACGCACAAAAGCGGCUGAGGCGCGCCUCCAUCUACUGCGUCAGCCCGCACAGGAUCAACAUUGCGGGAAACAUCGACGUCGUCUGCUUCGACAAGGCAAGGACCCUUACAGACGGAGGACUGGACCUCUGGGGCAUCCUAAUGGCAAAGGAAAAGAGGUUCAUGGCACCCAUUGGCGAACCGUGCGAGAUUCCUGUGCGCAGCCCCUUCCUAAUUGCCAUGGCAACCUGCCAUACACUGACCUCUGUAGACGGCGAACUAGUAGGAGAUCCGCUGGACCUCGCCAUGUUUCGCUCAACUCGCUGGGUCAUGGAGGAACCAGCAACCGACGGCAAUCACUACGACGUCUUGACCCCGACCAUAAUCAAGCCUCGCUUGGACGUGGAGAAUGCCAAACAGCAGGAGGGCCUCUUCCAGCUUCCCCCUGCGGAUCCUUUUUACGAGGUGUCGCGAGCCAAGCGAAACGUCACCAGCCCCGUCAGGACAAGCGAAGGCUGCCGCAGUGGACGUGCCAGCCCUGCAUACCCAAGAUUUCCGACCGAGGUGCCACCGCACGUGACAGAGGAAGAAAUGCCGGCGGAGUACUUCGAAAUGCUUCGUGGGUACACGCUCGAAGGGUUCCGAGUCGUCGCUGUGGCCUACAGGCGCCUGGAGAAAAUGACUUGGCACCACGUGCAGAGAGUUGACAGGUUGCAAGUGGAGAAUGAUCUAACGUUCCUCGGAUUUCUCGUCAUGCAAAACAUGCUGAAGCCGGAAGCAACACCCGUGAUCGGCACACUCCAUGGCGCUCAGAUCAGAUGUCUGAUGGUCACAGGGGACCACUUGAUGACAGCGCUGAGCGUGGCGCGCGAUUGCGAAAUGGUUUGUGGGCUGAGGCGUGUCACUAUCCUGACCGCCAGCGCUGACCGCGAGUGUUCAAGCGCGACCGUGGACUUCAGUGAUCUACUAUCGGACAGAAGUGCGCAUCUUAAGGGCCCUACUACUGGCUAUGAACGGGCGGAAUCAGUGCAGUUUGCAGUGGAUGGACAUUCGUUCUCGGUGUUACGCGCGCAUUUCCCGGACGUCUACGAAAAACUUCUUGUAAAGGGAGUCGUCUUUGCUAGGAUGACACCGCAGCAAAAAGUUGAGCUCGUGCAAGACCUUCAGUCCAUUGGGUACGUGGUCGCAAUGUGCGGUGAUGGAGCCAAUGAUUGCGGCGCUCUGAAGGCGGCAGAUGUGGGCAUCUCCUUGUCAGAAGCCGAGGCCUCCAUCGCCGCUCCUUUCACCUCGAGAAUACCCAGCGUGGCAUGUGUUCCCACUCUGAUCAGGGAAGGCAGGUGUGCCCUUGCCACAUCGUUCUCCAUGUUCCAGUUCAUUUCUCUGUACAGCAUCAUUCAAUUCCUCUCCGUCAUACUCCUCUAUCACGUGCAAACAAACUUUUCUGACCCAAUGUUUCUCUACGUCGACUUAUUUGUGAUCACUUCACUCGCUGUUACAAUGAGCUACGCGGAGCCGUGCCCAGAGCUAAGUGACGCCAGGCCUUCGCGCAGUCUGCUGACUCCCGUCAUACUGUCAUCGCUUCUUCUUCAGUUGCUCCUGGUCGUUUUGAGCCAGGUUGGAUUGAUGCAGAUGCUGCAGAGCCAGUCAUGGUACGAGUACCCGUCUCAUGACCCUGAGGAAGAUGUCUACGACUACUGGGACGUCGCGGCGCUGUUCUUUCUCACCUGCUACCAGUACGUCGUUACAGCUCUUGUCUUCACCAGAGGUCCCCCGUUCCAGAGGCCAUUCUGGACGAACUACUGGUUUCUUGGAAACAUGCUCGUAAUCUUCACCGUAACGACAAUCCUGCUUUUCCAGACCUGUCCAGUGAUAACAGACUUCUUCGAGCUGGUGAAAUGGCAGCCAUAUGAAAAGGUUCGCCUGCGUCUGACGAUUCUCCUCCUGUCUUUUGUGCACUGGGCUUUGGCACAACUUUUGCAAAUAUACAUCGUCAAGAGCACCGCUAUCCAGAACCUCUACAGGCGUCUUUUUCCCGAAAGUGCACGGAAAUCUCACUACGAACGUGUGGAAGAAACAAUGGGAGAAGAAUCUGACUGGCUUCUGUCGAACGCCACUAUGGUCGUACAGAUCACCAACUUCGACAUGUUCUAGGAGUCUGGGUGCAAGCACAUUGAGAACCGUGAAGCAUUACUGCAAGUUGUUUAAUUUUUGUAGCCCCUUGGUAUUCACGAGGCACAUUGCACCGUACUUGACUCAAGAAUAAACCUACGUUUACUGC